AUGCCCCCUAAACGGAAGCGCACGAACGACGAUGAGAAUCAGGACGAAAACGAGAGCAAGCGCUAUGCCCACCUGAAACCACAAGUCCGUCGCGUGCCCGAGAAGACCAUCAAGGCGAAAUGGUCUACCCUCCCCGAACCUGUUCAAGAGAAGGUCCGCGAACUGUUUCAUUCGCUUGAGCGACCGGUGAUUGUGCGCAAUAAAAAUGAGCAGAAGCGCAUCGAAGCGCAGAGUGCGGUGCAGGCUGUAGUUCGCAACCUUGGAAAGCGACUUCCACGGAUGCCCUUCCCGCCCAUCACCAAGGAUUCCAACUUCGACUACGAGUCUGCGCUGAAUGAACAUCGAUCGCUGGAAGCCAAUUUGGCUACCAUAAACGACAGUAUUGAACUCCUCAAGUCCGAGAUUGCGAAAGAAGAGGAACAUCCUGUCCUCCAGCAGCUGGACGACCUGCCGCCAGUUCGAGAUGCGCAGUCCUCGGAAUUCACCCUGGCGGACACGAAAACCAGUCAUGUAUCGCUAAAUGAGCUGGACGACGACCCCGAAGUCCAGGGGUUGAUGAAGCAACUGCAUGGACAUCUCCAAUCUAUGCAGAGCAAUACAGCCCCGCUGGCAGGGCUGAGAGACGCGAUUACCCGAUCACAGGCGGCAUUGGACUUGUAUUCGAACGAUUGA